AUGCAGGAAUCGCUCGUCUCUCCGGCAAACGCCGACCGCUUCCGCUCGGCCUUCGAGCUGAAAUCCUACGCUUUCGGUGACCAGCGGCUCUCCUCCUCGCCGCGCUACCUGCCCAGCGGCGGCGACGACGGCCUGUACCGCUGCUCCUCCCCCUUCAGCCCGAGCCUGGGCUUCUCCUCGCCGUCGCCGCUCGCCACCUCCGUCUCGCUCUCGCCGUCCUCCUCCGCCUCCCUCGUGGACGACGCCGACUACUGUGGCGGCUCGGCGGCCGCCGACGCCACGGGCCACCGGCUCCACCUCGCGCGGGUCGCGCUGCAGUACCAGGAGGUGGUCGACCGCUACGAGCUCUGCCUCUCCCGCCUCGCCGAGGCGGUCGACGAGGCGGCGGUCCUCCGCCGCGAGAACGCCGAGCUCCGCGUGGCCAACGGCGACCUCGCGCGCCGCGUCGCGAUGCUCGGCGGCAAGCAGACCGCCGCCGUUGCCAUCGCCGACGAGAUCCGCCGGCUCCGCGGCCUCGGCGACCAGAAGGUGCACGCGCUGCCAGAGAAGAUCGACGUGCUGCCCAAGAGCAUCUCCGUCCGUUCCAGCGACUACCUCAAGAUGAACCAGCCUGCCCCGGUUGCCGCCACGCCGGCCGUAUACAGCCGCAAGCCUCGCGCGUCCAACCCGACCAACCCCAGCUCGCAGCAGAAGUGGGGCGCGGACGGCGGCAUGAAGUGGGGCGAGGAGAAGAAGCAGCCGCAGAAGGAUCAGCGCUCGGACGCGAGCGGCGGCGCGGCGGCGGAGCUGGACGUGUGCAACCAGGGCAUGUUCAAGACGGAGCUGUGCAACAAGUGGGAGGAGACGGGGGCGUGCCCCUACGGCGACCAGUGCCAGUUCGCGCACGGCGUCGCCGAGCUCCGCCCCGUCAUCCGCCACCCGCGCUACAAGACCGAGGUCUGCCGCAUGGUACUCAACGGCCAGGUCUGCCCCUACGGCCACCGCUGCCACUUCCGCCACUCGCUCACGGCCGCAGAGCGCCUCCUCCGCCGCCCUUAA